AUGGAGCAACAAUCGGAGAUGGGACCGCCACCUACUCCAAUAACGGGAUUGAAUCCUCCGUCAUACGCAGAAUCAGUGGCAGAGACUAUUGACGUGUUUUUUUAUCCAGACUGGCAUUACAGAGGCGGAUGCGACGACUCCAUGGUCAAGACGCUAGGUGACCUACUGAACAAGGAUCUAUCUUUCAUGCAUCCAGGAACCGAUUUCUUCGCAUUCUACUCCUUCCUGCUAAAGAUGGGUGACCAACGUAUGGAGCUGUGGACCCCAGAAGGCCGUUUCCAACCCAUCGCGGUCAUCGAACUUCGAGGGCCAUAUCUACGCGAGUUACGCGCGUGUGAGGGCAAGGCCCUCGUUUAUUUAAUGCACCCAAAGAAUGAGCCAUACGUCAAAGAAUGCUAUUUCAUCGUCCAGGAAACGAUCUCGCAUGCAUCCCAGAGGAGCGGCGUUGCAGGAAAGCUGGUAUCACUGUUUGAUAAGUCGAAGACUGUGGAGCGGAAAUACUGGGUCAAGGCCGCACUCCAAGGGGAACGUUAUAUCUUUCGGGAACUGGCCCCAAGUGAGGAGCCAAUGCCGGAAGAGUUGGUUGGUGUUAAGUCUAUUUGCUAUCAGAGGUUCUGGCCGUGA